UCCACAAAGUUUUGCUCCACCACAUGAUCCAGCUAGUAGUAAUAGACGCUUAAUUCUUCACCUUCUUUUAGUUUCAGGGAAUAUGCGAAUAAACACUUCAGGUAUACCUAAAUAUAAUUGA